AUGGCGCUUGCGCUCUUCGACGGCCUCUACAACCUCGCCGCGCCGCUUGAGGGCGGGGCGGAGCUCAGCGGCGACAUAGCGCGCGACAAGCACGAUCUCGAGUGGCUCGCCGCGCAAGACGUCCCUGGUCAGUCCAAGCGGCUGCAGCAUAUGAUCGAGCUCGUGCGCCGCAUCGAGGACAACGAGAUCAAGAUGUUCAAGAUGCACCUCGACGAGCAGCAGAAUCGGUUGCCGGCCCAGGCCGUACUCGAGCUCGAGAUGGUCAUCGAGGCCACCAAGAAGCUCGUCGACCAGAAGGAGUCGGCGUUCGCGAGGGUCGCGCACGUCUGGUCCUAUCGCAAGAAGAGCGAGCGCGCGAGAAGGUGGAAUGCCGCUUUCGAGCAGGCCGCCGACAACCAGUACAUCAACCUCGAGCUGUUCCGAGCCCGCUUACGCGCACUCGAAGAGCUCGCCUCGCACUAUCGUCGCCUCUCUCGACCUCAGCGUGCCUCGCCGGAGACGUUGCUUGUCCCUGGAGCCGAACCCGUCGAGCGCGGUAGGUCCGCCUCGUCGGCCAAGCCGGACCUCGAGAACUACCCGCGCGAGUCGGCAAGUGGGCGCAGCAGCACGCCCGUUCCACAAGGGCUCGACGCAGGGCCUCGCAACCUGGGCCCAUACACGCCUGGCGCUAGGACCGGGACCGUCCGGACGGCGCUGGCCCAGCCGAGACGAGCGAGCGAAGCCACCCCGCCCUCGCUGCACCCGAUGCCGCUUCUCCUGCGCACGCUCGACCUUCGAGGCGCAAGCACGCUCGCGACGCCGUCAGGGGCAUGA